UGAAGUCAUAGAUCAUGGAGGAGACUCUGCAGAGGACAGACAUGGGGAAGACCAGAAACACAUCUCAGCACACAACAGUGACAGAGUUCAUUCUCCUGGGCUUAUCUCACCCCCCAAACCUGAGGAUCCUGCUCUUCCUGGUCUUCUUGAUCAUCUACAUCCUGACUCAGCUGGGGAACCUGCUCAUUCUGGUCACCGUGUGGAUUGACCCAAAGCUCCAUGCCCGCCCCAUGUACAUUCUUCUGGGCGUGCUCUCAUUGCUGGACAUGACAUUCACCUCUGUCAUUGUCCCUCGAUUUAUAUUGCAUUUUACUCCUGCCAGCAAGGCAAUUCCAUUCGCUGGCUGUGUGGCUCAACUGUAUUUCGCACACUUCUUUGGCAGCACCCAAUGUUUCCUCUACACCGUGAUGGCCUACGACAGGUACCUGGCAAUAUGCCAGCCCCUGCGCUACCCUGUGCUCAUGAGUAGGAGGUUAUGUGCCACCCUUGCGGCUGGAACGUGGGUGGCUGGCUCCAUCCAUGGGGCUAUCGAGGCCACCCUAACCUUCCGCCUGCCCUACUGUGGGCCCAAUGAAAUAGAUUAUUUUUUUUGUGACAUCCCUGCAGUGUUGGUACUAGCCUGUGCUGACACAACUAUUAAUGAAAUUGUGAUCUCUGUGGCCGUUGUGUUAGGGCCUAUCAGCUGCUUCUCGUUAACUCUGCUGUCCUAUGGCAACAUAGUCUAUGCCAUCCUGAAGAUUCGCACUGCUGAGGGGCGGCGCCGAGCCUUCUCCACCUGUAGCUCCCACCUAACUGUGGUCACAUUCUACUAUGUGCCCUGCAUUUUCACCUACAUUCGGACUGGGUCCAAAAGUCCCCUUGAUGGAGCAGUGACCCUGUUUUACAUUGCUGUCACUCCAUUACUGAACCCCAUCAUCUAUACACUGAGGAACCAGGAUAUGAAGUCUGCUCUGAAGAGAGUAACAGCACAUGUAAGGGGGACAAGUAAAAAUAAAUAACUAUGGGCUCAGGGACUACCUGCA